AUGAUGCAGAGCUCCUCUCCUGUCUCUAGCUCUGGAAGCGCCAAUCAAGGGCCGGCGGAAGUUGUACGGAACCUAGCUCGACGGUACUACUACGUUCAGAACCCAGCGCUGGCCAACCAGCUCUACUCCAAAGCGGUCCAGGAAUUUACGGAGAGUGCCGUACUGGCGUACGAAUGCGGCCACAACGAGCAGGACAUGGUCGAGCAGCUCGGCCAACUGUCUGAAGACGACCUUCGUCAGCUGAAGGACUUCGACGCCGCGGAAUGUCUGGCGAUGGUCUGCCUGGUCUGGAUUACGCUGAUGCUGUCGCCGCGAUCCGUCAAGCGGUGGGCCACAAGUGUCGCUGUGUCUGAGGCUACUCUCGGGCAGUGGAAGGGCUUCGUGGCCAUGAUCGUUAACGGCUACUUCGAACGGCGCAUGGCCUGGUUUCCCCUUGACAGAUUGCAGCUGGAGCUGUCGGCAGUGCAGGGUCGCUCAUUGCCUCCGGAGCUGGUUGCGGAGCGAGCUCGAGUCGUGUACACCACCUUGGAGCAGAACAUCUACUCCAACAUCAACAUCAACAUCAACAUCAACAUCAACAUCAACAUCAACAUCAACAUCAACAUCAACAUCAACAUCAACAUCAACAACAACAACAACAUCAACAACAACAACGCUCCUCAGAAUGCCGUAACCGGAUCAUACACGUGA